GGCGUCUGAAACGGUCCGGCAGAGAAGCCCUUUCCUUCCGCGCCUCGCCUCAGCCCCAGAAUGUCGCGGACUCCGCCGCUCCUGUGUCCGCGCGGCGAGGACCCCGGGCCGCGGCGGCGGGCGCCGCACUAACGCGCUGUGGAGUCGGGAAGCGCCCCAAACGCAAGGGGCUGGGGGUCCGGGCAGCUCGAACGGCCGCUGCGUGCGAGCGGGGCGUGCUGAGCCCCGCGGCCGCCCCUCGAUCCCAGCCAUGAGGAGGGACGAACGAGACGCCAAAGCCAUGCGGUACCCGCAGCCUCCGGACGGGGCCGGCUCGCCCCCGGAGAGUCUGAGGAACGGCUACGUGAAAAGCUGCGUGAGCCCCCUGCGGCAGGACCCUCCCCGCGGCUUCUUUUUCCACCUCUGCCGCUUUUGCAACGUGGAGCUGCUGCUGCCGCCGCCGGGCUCCCCCCAGCAGCCGCGGCGCGGCUCCCCCUUCUCCGGGGCGCGCCUCUCGCUCGGCGCCCUGGCCGCCUUUGUCCUCGCGCUGCUGCUGGGCGCGGGGUCGGGGAGCUGGGCUGCGGGGGCCGCCCUGCUGCCCACUCUACUGGCCGUCUGCUCGCACAGCCUCAGCCCGCUCUUCAGCAUCGCCUGUGCCUUCUUCUUCCUCACCUGCUUCCUGAGCCGGACCAAGCGGGGCCCCGGGCCGGGCCGGAUCGGCGGCGGCGGCGCUUGGUGGUUGCUGGCGUUGCCCGCCUGCUGUUAUCUGGGGGACUUGUUGGCGUGGCAGUGGUGGGCUUCGCCAUCGGGGGACGCGCACGCCGAGCCCCCGUCUGGCCCGGCUCCGCACACGCCCCCGGCCGCGCCGGGCAGGUUGUUGUUGGUGCUGAGCUGUGCAGGGCUGCUGACGCUCGUGCACCCGGCGAGGCUUCAGCACAGCAUCCUGGUGCUGCUCUUCUCCGCCUUCGUCUGGUGGGUCUCCGCCACCAGCCUGGGGUCGCUGCCCGCCGUCCUCAGGCCGCUGCUGUCCUGCCUGGUGGGCAGCGCCGGCUGCCUGCUGGCCCUGGGAUUGGAUCACUUUUUUCAAAUCAGGGAAGCCCCUCAUCAUCCUCGGCUGUCCAGUGCCUCGGAGGACAAAGUGCCUGUGAUCAGACCCCGGAGGAGGUCCAGCUGCGUGUCCCUAGGAGAGACUCCGGCCAGUUACUAUGGCAGUUGCAAAAUGUUCAGGAGACCCUCGUUGCCUUGCAUUUCCAGAGAACAGAUGAUUCUUUGGGAUUGGGAUUUAAAGCAGUGGUAUAAACCUCAUUAUCAGAAUUCUGGAGGUGGAAAUGGAGUUGAUCUUUCAGUUCUAAAUGAAGCUCGCAAUAUGGUGUCAGAUCUUCUGAUUGAUCCAACCCUUUCCCCACAAGUUAUUUCUUCUCUGCGGAGUAUCAGUAGCUUGAUGGGUGCGUUCUCAGGUUCCUGUAGGCCAAAGAUUAAUCCUCUCACACCGUUUCCUGGAUUUUACCCCUGCGCUGAAAUGGAGGACCCAAAUGAGAAAGGAGAUCGAAAACUCCACAAGGGACUAAAUAGUAGGAGUACUUUACCAACACCACAGCUGAGGAGGAGUUCAGCAACUUCAGGGCUGACACCUGUUGAACUGUCUUCUUCAAGAUGGGAACGUAAUAAUGGCAAAAGACUCCAUCAGGAAUUUGGUAUAUCAAGUCAAGGAUGCUAUCAAAAUGGACCAGUUAGUUCAAAUCUACUGACAAUUCCAAAGCAAAGAUCUUCUUCUGUAUCAUUCACUCACCUUUUAAGUCUGAGGAGAGCUGGUGCUUUACCCAGCUUGAGUCCUGUGAAUUCUUCUAGUCAUGGUCCAGUGCCUGCUGGUUCUCCAACUAAUCGUUCACCCAUAGAAUUUCCUGAUACUGCUGAUUUUCUUACCAAACCAAGUGUUACUUUGCACAGAUCUACAGGCAAUACAUCAGAUUUUUAUCAGCAGCCUAGACAUUCUGAGAGCAAUCUUUGUAAUAGCUGUGGGCACCAAAUACUGAAAUAUAUUUCAGCAUCUGAGUCAGAAUCUGGUACAGACUGCCACAGUGGAAAAUCAGGUGAUGAAAAAAAUACCAUCUUUUCUAAAGAAUCAUUCAAACCUAUGGAGACUCAACAAGAAGAGAAAACAGAGAGGGGAGACUGUACACAGUUAUUUCUGGGAGGUGAUAAUGAACUAAGAGAAGAAGCAGAGAAUGAAGAACAACCAAAUACUGAACAGGAGUCAUCACUAGACAACUUGAUUUUAAUAGAAGAUCAUGACUCGUUAAUAGAAAAGAUGAGCAACUGGAAUUUUCAAAUUUUUGAACUUGCAGAAAAGAUGGGUGAUAAAUCAGGAAGAAUUCUCAGUCAGGUUAUGUAUACUUUAUUUCAAGACACUGGCUUAUUGGAAAUAUUUGAAAUCCCCACUCAACAAUUCAUGAACUAUUUUCAUGCAUUAGAAAAUGGCUAUCGAGACAUUCCAUAUCACAAUCGUAUACAUGCCACAGAUGUCUUACAUGCAGUUUGGUAUCUGACCACACGGCCAAUCCCUGGUUUUCAGCAGACCCAGAAUGAGCGUGGAGCAGGAAAUGAAGCAGAUGCUGAUGGUAGAAUGAAUCCUGAGCGAAUUGCUUACAUUUCUUCAAAGAGCUGCUCGAUUCCAGAUGAGAGCUAUGGCUGCCUGUCUUCAAACAUUCCUGCACUGGAAUUGAUGGCUCUCUAUGUGGCAGCUGCAAUGCAUGACUACGACCACCCAGGGCGCACAAAUGCAUUUCUAGUGGCUACAAAUGCCCCUCAGGCAGUUUUGUACAAUGAUAGAUCUGUUCUUGAGAAUCAUCAUGCUGCAUCAGCUUGGAAUCUCUAUCUUUCUCGCCCAGAGUUCAACUUUCUUCAUAAUCUCGAUCAUGUGGAAUUCAAGCGCUUUCGUUUUUUAGUGAUUGAAGCAAUUCUUGCCACUGAUCUUAAAAAGCAUUUUGAUUUCCUUGCUGAGUUCAAUGCCAAGGCCAAUGAUGUAAAUAGUAAUGGAAUAGAAUGGAGUAAUGAAAAUGACCGCCUCUUGGUGUGCCAGGUAUGCAUCAAACUAGCGGAUAUAAAUGGCCCAGCAAAAGUUCGGGACUUGCAUUUGAAAUGGACAGAAGGCAUUGUGAAUGAAUUUUAUGAGCAGGGAGAUGAAGAAGCAAACCUUGGGCUGCCUGUCAGUCCCUUUAUGGAUCGUUCCUCUCCUCAACUUGCAAAACUUCAAGAGUCUUUUAUCACCCACAUCGUGGGUCCUCUGUGUAACUCCUAUGAUGCCGCUGGUUUGCUGCCUGGCCAGUGGGUGGAAACCGAAGAUGAUGAUGAUACUGAAAGUGAUGAUGAGGAAGAAGAUGGUGAAUUAGAUACAGAUGUUGAAGAAAUGGAAGACAGCCUAAAUCCUAAACCACGAAGGAGGAAAGGCAGACGGCGAAUAUUUUGUCAACUAAUGCACCACCUCACUGAAAACCACAAGAUAUGGAAGGGAAUCAUAGAGGAAGAAGAAAAAUGUAAAGCUGAUGGGAAUAAGCUUCAGGUGGACACUUCUUCCUUACCUCAGACAGAUGAGAUUCAGGUCAUUGAAGAAGCAGAUGAAGAGGAAGAGCAACAGUGUGAAUAAGAAAAGGCAUAUUGGAGAUGGCCCCAAGGGCUGUGCCAAGAUUGGGAGUCCCUGCCUCGUUUUCACUGUGCAGACUUUCAUCUGACUCGUUCCGACGUGGACAAGCCUUAAUACUGUGAGGGGAUCCUUGCUGCACAGGAAGUUUCCCACUCCUUUGCACUUUUACCACAUGAACUAGAAAAUUGUU